AUGCUGAUUUGGCUUUCUGUCUGCUGCUGGACGGAGGAUGGUCAGAUUCAGAAGAUGCUAAUAAGGAUGCUGAUGAAGAAGCUGGAUUAUGGAGAAGAAAACUGUAAUAAGAGCAGAGAUUAUGAGUUUGAAGAUGCAGAAGAUGAAAUAGAAAGCUUAGUUAAUACACGAAGCGAUUUAGAUGAUAAGCUUGUCGAAAAAGAUGAAGGUCAAGAUGAAGACAUGAGUGCCCGCGAAAAAGUGAUAAUUGAAAAAUAUGGAGAUUUGAAUUUUGGCGGGAAAAGUGAAAAUUAUGAUGAACUCUUGAGAAUUGAAACCGAAGUGAGAGCAACGACAAGAUUAAUUAUCAGGCAUUAG